UUAACCUUCCAAAAGGCCCCAAAGUAUUGGAUCUUCCCCCAACACUGAGAUAAGUUGAGACUGAAGCUUGAAGACAGUGGUAUAGUUGUAUCAAAGAUGAUUAGUUCUAUUUUUGCUUGAAUUGCUUUGUUUAUUGCAUUGUUUUUAUGUUGCUUCAUUUCAUACAAUGGUUCUGAGCCAGCCUUGUGUUUCUUAAAGAAAUCAUCCUGAAUUUCUUAAUAUAAAUCUAACAAGCAAAUAAAAUAAGGGUCUAGUUUCAAUCUGUGGUAUUUUUAGUUAAAGAAAAAAGAAUCAGAUAGCAGUUGGUGGGAAAAAUUCUGAUCAGCCACAGCCAGUCAUAAUAGAUAUAGCUAUGCUAAAGUAAUAAGCAGUCUGUUCUAAUAAAUGAUCACACCCUCAGUUCCAAAAUCUUGCCAUACAAUUCAAAAGAAAGAUUUUUAAUGAGGAAAAUAUGCCCAACAAUUCCUCCUGUUUGGGGGAAUUUAUGAUUCCCUGUCCACUUUCAAAUCUUCCCAUGGUUUAAAAAGCCCUUCCCUUUCCCCAGUUUUUAUUUUGUUUCCUAUGAAAACUUUAUGGAAACUUUGACACUCUUAUUCGGUGGUUUGCUCCCAAAAGGUGGUGGGGCAGAUUUGGAGUGUUCUGGGGGCUGCUGAUUUUAGGUUUGAAAGCCACCAUUUGCCCACAAACCUGUUUUAUAUAAUAGUCAUUAAUCCCCCCUCCCCCUUUGCAGGUUACUACAAGAACAAUGUGAAGGUUGCAGUCAAGAUGUUAAAAGAAGGCAGCAUGGCCCCCGAUGCCUUUUUGGCUGAGGCCAACUUGAUGAAAAGACUUCAGCAUAAUAAGUUGGUUCGAUUGUAUGCUGUGGUGACCCAGCAGCCAAUUUAUAUUGUAACAGAAUACAUGGCCAAUGGAAGCUUGCUUGAUUUCUUGGACACCAAUCAAGGGAAGAAGCUGUCUCUUUCAAAACUGAUAGAUUUCUCUGCUCAGAUUGCUGAAGGGAUGGCAUACAUUGAGAGAAUGAACUUCAUCCACAGAGACCUCAGAGCAGCCAACAUUCUGGUCUCAGAGUCCCUUUGUUGCAAAGUUGCUGAUUUUGGCCUGGCUAGACUCAUAGAGAAUGAAUACCUUGCACAGGCAGGUGCCAAAUUUCCUAUCAAAUGGACAGCACCAGAAGCAAUUAACUACGGACUUUUCACAAUCAAAUCUGAUGUCUGGUCCUUUGGAAUUCUUCUCACUGAAAUUAUUACGUAUGGGCAGACUCCCUAUCCAGCUAUGAUGAAUCAUGACGUUAUCAGACAUCUAGAACAGGGCUACCGGAUACCUUGUCCAGAAUUAUGUCCGUCUAAUCUCUAUGCAAUUAUGUUAAAAUGUUGGAAGGACAACCCAGAAGAACGACCAACAUUUGAAUACCUCCAGUCUACCCUUGAAGACUUUUAUAUAACCACAGAAAAACAUUAUGAAUCAGAACCCCAAAAGACCUGAUCUGUGAUCAUCAAAGCUAAAGUUGGUUUUAUCAUAGCAUGGAAUAGUUGGGGAGAAUUUCCUCUUAGCUGCACUUUGCAAAGUUGUUCCCAGUCAUAGAAGUAAAGGCAUAUCCAUCUCUGAAGCUCUAUUUACUGCAUGUCUUUGCCUGGCUUUGGUUUCAUCACCCAGUGAUGAACUACAAAGUGGCUAUGGAAAGUGAAAAAUACAGAUAGUUCUCAGCUUAUGACCACAACUGAGCCCAACAUUUAUGUUGCUGAGACAGUUAAGUAAAAUUUGCCCCAUUUUACAGUCUUUCUUGCUGUUAU